AUGAAACGUAAUGUUGACGAUAUCAGAGACAAACCGGCAUAUUCAGAGGGCAAUGCCAGCGGAGCAUACUCAACCCAUUCGAAGAGUUCGUCUGGACAAUGCGAAUCGGAAGAUGAUGAUCGUGUUAGCAGUGGUCGUGAAUCGAUUAGCCAUAGCUCAGUUGGUGAACGAACGGCGCAUUUGGCUCGCAGCACAUCCGAUUCAUCGCAACCAGAAUUUAAAGACAAGAUUGGAUCAUGGGCUGAUGAAAUGGAAAUCGACUUUAAACAACCACAGCGACAAAUUUCGAGCACAUCAAGUACAUCGGCCAAAAAUGACAUUCAACCGAAACAGAUUUUACAGCGUGUGCGUAAGGUUUCAAUCGAUAGCCGUUCGGACAAAGAAAAAUCCGAAGAACGCGAAUUGUCAACGCAUUCGACCGGCAAUACAUCCAUUAUAUCAUUGAAUCAAUCACAAGAAGAUGUCACCAAACAAUUUAUCACUUGGCCAAGUAUGAUCGAAGCACCGAAUUCAUGGAGCGAUAGUGUUCCAAAUACACCAGAAAUUGCACGUAAAUCGAUCGAAGUUUUGAGCGAUUCGUCAAGUGUAACGGCAAAGACAAGUGAAACCAACAAAAUACCAUUGGAAAGUGUGUUGGGAAAUGAGCCAAGCGGCGGCACCAGCACUGAAAAGAAAUUGGACGACAAAUCAGGUGUUACAGCCAAAAUUGGUCGUUGCUAUGGAAGUGGACAUUCAAAGGAUACGUACAAUUAUGGGCCACUAAAUGCAAAAAGUCCAUUUGGACCAACUGACGAAAAAGCUGAAUUGAAACCAGAAACAACAACUGAAGAGCCAGUAAGCAAGAAAAGUGAGUCUCAAUCCGCUGAUGAAAAUGCUACGCAUACAACUGACUCAUCGGACGGAAAAGUGUUGAAGUCUGACGAUAAGAAGACGCAGCCAGCAAAACCAGCAUUCGGCGGCUCAUCACAAGCUCCUCAACGCAAGGAUUCCACUGGUCAAAAAGUUGAAUCUCAAACAAUAGUAAAAUCGGACGAUGCUUCAAAACCAGCCCCUAUCCCGACUCAACCACCACAACUUCAACGCACUGAAAAGUCUCCACCAUUCUCAGGAGAUAAACAGCAGCCCAUUGGUGGAAAUCAAGCGGCCGUUGGAAGUAAACCAGACAAAACUGUUGUCGCUAAAAAGGAUGAUUCAAACUAUGCGCACAGCACACGUGGCAAUACAGCGCCAGUAAAUCGCGGCAAGCCACAGAUCAAUGCUCAAACGACAUCUAAACCGGUGAGCCAAUCUAUUCCGGCCAAGCCAGUGGGAGGUAACGUAAAACCAACAUCAAACAUCAGUCUAUCUCAACAACCGGUAAACGCACCAUUAGGUGUUGUGGGUAGUGGAAAUCCAGCAAAUCGUGCACAGCAACCGAAUAAAAUGGCACCAAGAUUUGUGAAACAGCGACGCGAUCGCACCGGUUCAUGUUCAUCAAAUACAUGGAACAAGAGUGACAUAGCUCACAUGGGCGAUGCUUAUGAAUCCGAUAUCACUCAACGUUCCAGCAGCAGUAUCCAAUCGAUUGAUAAGCUGAGCCAAGACUUUGACAAUCAAGCUGAUUCAACGACCGAAAUGUCCACGAUCAUUUUCGAAAAUACGAACUUCAAAACGAUGCCUGGCCCAAUCAAACGCCAAACUUCAUCAAAUCAACAACAAAUCCAAAAUUCAUCGCAACAAUCGCAACUAAAUGGUGUAAAUCAAUACGAUCAAGUACAGUCAAAAAAUUUGGGCGGUCAUCAUCCUCAUCUCGACAAAAAAGCUGAUGACGUGUUCAAGAAUGCAUCGAGCGGUAGCUUCCAAAAUAUGCUCGACUCUCAACAACAGAUGCAAUCGCAAGUGCAACGCUCACAUCCAUCACAAACCGAUGUGAUAUCGUCGGCUCUACAAACCACGUCAUUCCCCAAAUCCGAUGCCGAAUACGAGAAAGAUCUUACUUCAGCGUUCACAUUCGGAUCGGAAAUUUUAAACGAUACACAAUCAAGUGAGAAAACUUCAAAGGGUGGUUUGUGCAUACCACCAUCACAUUCAACAGCCAUUCAUUCCUUUGCCAGUGGUCAAAACACGAUUUCACCAUCAAUUGCCGAUCUCAGCAAGAAAAUUACCAGUGUUAAAAAGGUGUGGGAAACGGUACCAACGAUGCCACCCGUAAUUGAGCAUGGCAACAAUUUAAGCAAUUCGGGAAAUAAUGACGAUUCUCAUUUGUCGUCGACAUUUGUUUCGACCCAACAUCAACAGCACAUACACCAGUUUACGCAUUCACAACAACAAUUGCACCAAUCUGGUUUAUCAUCGUAUUCCAGUUCAUUUGGACCAGAUCCAAGCACACUCGAUCAUUUUACAAAAUCCGGCGGACAGGAUGCCGAAAUCGACAAUGUGGGUUACAAUCCAAGCCCACAGCAUAUGGUCGGCGGUAACAAUAAUUCACACCCAAAUGCCGACUUAAAACACAACGUUGACCCAUUAUCAGCCACGGCUAAUGUAUGCAAAGUGAAACCAAACCAACCACCAAUGCACCAAUCGAGUCUCAGUCUAUCGCCACCACCCAUGCAACAAGGCAUUCAAACGGCACCUCAACCAUAUUACCAACCGUCACAGUUUGGCGGUAUGUCAGCAAUUCCAUCACCUCCAGCCGUUCUGUACGAUUCGUCGCCGAUGCCAUCUCAAUACGGUCAUUACGAGAGAUACAUCGCUUCGGCUCAUUAUGGAGGUGGAAAUGCAGCACCAUACAAUGCCCCGUAUAUGCAAAGUGGUCCAAAUUUGCAACCGACACCAGCGCCAGACAUGUAUCAAAACAUGACAUCACAAUUCCGAAUGAGUGGAGCUAUCAAUCAGCCACCAUACAAGCAACAACAGCAAAUAAAUAACCAGAGCACCGUGCUCAUCUCAUCGACAUCGAAUUCUCUUAUGUCAGCAACAGUUAAACCAUCAUCUCAGAUCGGUGAUAUCACAGAUGCGAAUUUGUCAGGUCGGUCAGGUAGUCCCGAAAGAAAGCGUCAAAAAAUGUUACCACACAAUGAGAUUCUCCCUGCGCUCCCUGUUAUCAAAAAGUCCCCAACCACAAAAGCAUCAGAUCAAUUGAUCCGAAAUCUUCUAGAAUCCAAAAAAGUGUAUGAAAAACAGACAUCGCGGCAAAAAGGAAAAGCAACUCAGCCGCUACGGAAAGCUAGAUCAAUGAUAUCAAAAAAUUGCAAAAUCCCGAAGAUCGCGAAGAUUAGCGCUAAGCAGAUUGCAAAUAUUCCCAAAAAGCCAAUCGUUUCCGUAUCAGUCGUAAACGAGAUGCUUUGGGCGAUUGCAAUUGCAACCGUUAAAAAGGUAAUGUUUUAA